AUGCACGGCGACGCCAAGAGCGAGGAUCUCGAUGCCCAGACCGAACCCCAGGUUCCGCUCGAUAAAGAGAGUAUCGAGAGGCUUGGGCGCGAGCGUCCAGCUCUUUUUCCGAAUCGCUGGGUCGAGCUGAGUUUCUGCUUCUCACUCCUCGCAUCAGAGCUCCUCGCUGAAUACUUCGUUAGCGGCUUCAACACCCUCCUCCCGCACCUGACAACAUCCCUAAACAUCCCCCGCGAAUCCCAGACCUGGCCCGCAAGCGUCUUCUCCCUGGUAACAGGCGCAUUCCUCCUCCCCGCCGCCCGCAUCGCCGACAUCCACGGUCCCCGCCUGGUUUUCAACGCCGGCCUAGUGUGGUUCCUCAUCUGGUCUUUCAUCGCAGGAUGGAGUCAGAACUAUAAGAUGCUCAUCGUGUGUCGCGCACUGCAGGGUCUGGGACCCUCGGCGUUCCUACCGGCAGGGAUCAUGCUCAUCGGCUCGAUAUACCGGCCCGGACCGAGGAAGAAUCUCGUGUUUAGUUUGUAUGGAGCGUUCUCACCUAUCGGGUUUUAUUCGGGCAUUUGUGUUUCCGGCUUGUCGGGCCAUUUCCUCUCGUGGAGAUGGUACUUUUGGAUUGGGUGUGCGAUUGCUCUUGUUGUUCUCGUCGUCUCCCUCGUGGGGAUGUUGAUGAUUCGGCUGCCAACGGAGGAAUCAUCAAUGCAGAUGGAUUGGUGGGGGUGUCUCACGAUCGUCCCUGGUCUGCUUCUCGUCGUCUUUGCAAUCACUGACGGCUCGCAUGCGCCGGAUGGCUGGAGGACGCCGUAUAUCCUCGUGACGUUCCUCGCGGGCAUCGCACUGCUCUGCGCGGCGUUCUACGUCGAAGGCUGGGUUGCGACGUCGCCCUUGCUGCAUUUCGAUAUCUUCAAGGUCAAGUAUAUGAGUCCGCUCUUUGUCGCGCUGAGCUUCUCGUAUGGUGUUUUCGGGAUAUACCUGUUUUAUGCCAGUUUCUACAUCGAAGACAUCUUCGGCAAAAACUCCCUAACAACCGCCCUCUACUUCGCCCCCAUGGCCGCCGGCGGCCUAAUCCUCGCAACGCUCGGCGGCUUCACCCUCCACCUCCUCCCGGGAAAACUCCUCCUCCUAAUCUCUGGCGCGGGCUACCUCGCCUCGAUGCUCCUUUUCGCUCUAAUCCCCUCCCGCAACCCAAAUUACUGGUCCUACAUCUUCCCGGCAAUGGUGGCCGCCACAAUCGGGGUAGAUAUCGGGUACAGCGUGAGCAACAUCUUCAUCACGAACAACCUGCCCCAAAACCGGCAGGGCGCCGCGGGGGCGAUGAUCAACACGAUUGUGUUUGUGGGGAUUAGUUUCUUCCUGGGCGUGGCGGAUCUGGUCGUGGCUGAGACGGAGCAUUUGGGGGCCGAGAGGAGCUACAAGGCGGCGUUUUGGUUUGGGGUUGCAUGUUCCGGUGUUGCGGUGCUUUUUCUGGUUUUUAUUAAGGUGGGCAGGGCGAAGAGUGAUCUCACUGUUGAGGAGAGGAUUGAGAUUCAGAGGUCGAUGGCGACGGGGGAUGUGGAGAUAUGACGUAGGGUAGGCUCGCGAUAGCGUUCAAUGUUGUUGGCAG